CUCUUUGUGUGGUGCACUUUUGUAGAGUGAUGCUCUUUGCCUAUGCAGUCAUGCAAUCCCUUGUGUGAGCGGGUGAGUACAAGGUGCCUUUGCCAGCAGGUUCCACUCCAGUAGCUCGGUCCGUGUGCCGAGAGCGGGCUUGAGGGGUGGGGUGUGUGUGUCCCACUCCCUCAGAGCCACUGAGGCUGCUCCUGGCAGGCCACCCAAGUGGCACUGGCUGCUUUGAACUGGUUUGCUCUGAAGCAGGGAGACUCUAUUCAUCUAUUCUGUAUUGCACUUGGCUGUGAGCCACUACUGGGUCCUGUAUGCUGCUCCUGUGACCUCAGGGAAUGAAUUUUUCUCUUUUAGGUUUGGAGUAUUUGAAACAGUUACUUAAUGUUUUAAUAGCGCCAACUCAGGGAUUGCAUGUUAAAUUCCAUAGGAUACAUUCAUUGAGUGGAAAGCCUGUUGAGUUCUUAACAGAUUGGGUAGAGCAAAGGGGGUUGCACUCAGUGCAUUCCUACCAUACUGGUUUUUGGGAACUGCUUCUGGAGUGAAGCGUUCCCAGAACUGUGCCUAGACUUUGUCUUUGGAGAAGCUGUUUGGAGCAGUGCAGGUGGCUGCUCUCAGGUCUUCCAUGUGUAGCAGGUUAGGUGUGUGCUGAGGUACAAAUAACUGGAAGGAACUAGUGUGCCAUUGUGGGCACACCUGCCUGGACUGCUGUGCCUCAUCGAAUUCACACAGAGCUGGCCCUGGAGCUUCACUGUAAGCAGGCUGUGGAGCUCUGCUGCCUGACAUCUGGAGCUAGGGCUGCUGCUGCCUGCUCAGUGAGGAUCUAUACGGCACAGCAAAAAUUGUUUCUCAUGAUUUUAAGGGACUGUGGUAAUUGUAUGGUCAUAUUUAUUUUUCUUUCUCAGAUUUGAAGGUAUAUAUAUUGAAAUUAAAAAGAAUCUGUACAAUGCAUAACAUGCAUGUGGGCACUGUCUUGUACCUGUGCAGUUUUCUGUGCAAUCAUUAACAAUGUGUUUUACCAUUUGGUGACUUUGUCUUGCUUAACAGCCGUGCAUGACACUUGUUUGGAGAAAUACACAUCUUUUCCCUAAGAAGCAGGCAAAGAUACCAAUCAUGCCUCUUAUAUUUUGACUUGCUUUAAAUUGUGUUUAUUGCCAGAUGAGAUCUUGUUGUACAAACUUGUCAUAUCUCUCCUUGAACAUCAUUUGGUAGUUAAUUUCUUUGUGAAAAUACAGAGAAAGCAUACUAGACUCCUGAAAUCUUACAGUAAUAUUUCAGAUAUUACUCCAAAGGAUGAACCAUUUCCUCCAGCUUAAAAUAUUAAGCCAGCAUUGCUUCAGCUUGCGUUGCAAGGCUUAACUAUAUCUGCAGUUAUGUAAGUUUCAGUUAUGUGAUAUUUCAUGGGCAUCUAUUUAAACAUACAACUAUUAUUUUUAGUUGAAAUAUAGACUGUAUAAAGACUUAAAAGAUGUGGGAUCAAGGUGGACAACCUUGGCAGCAAUGGCCUUUGAACCAACAGCAGUGGAUGCAGUCAUUUCAGCACCAGCAAGAUCCAAGCCAGAUUGACUGGGCUGCAUUAGCUCAAGCAUGGAUUGCUCAGCGAGAAGCCUCAGGGCAACAGAAUGUAGUGGAACAACAAGGAAUGAUGCCAAACGGACAGGACAUUUCAGGAAUAGAAUCUGGUCCAAACAACCAUAAUAAUUUUCAGGGGGAUCCCAAUUUCAACAGAAUGUGGCAGCCAGAAUGGGGAAUGCCUCACCAACCCCCUCACCCACCUCCAGAUCAGCAGUGGAUGACUCCAACCCCAGGUCAAAUGGAAAUUGUUCCUCCGUCAGAAGACAGCAACAGUCAGGACAGUGGGGAAUUUACUCCUGACAACAGGCAUAUGUUUAACCAGAACAAUCACAACUUUGGGGGACCUCCUGAUAACUUUGCAAUGGGGCCAGUGAACCAGUUUGACUAUCAGCAUGGGGCUGCUUUUGGUCCACCUCAAGGUGGAUUUCACCCACCUUAUUGGCAGCCAGGACCACCAGGGCCACCAGGUCCUCCAGCACCUCCCGCACCUACUCAGAAUCGAAGGGAAAGACCCUCAUUCAGAGAUCGACAGCGUUCACCUAUUGCGAUGCCUGUGAAGCAGGAGCCUCCCCAGAUUGAUGCUGUGAAGCGUAGAACUCUGCCUGCCUGGAUUCGUGAGGGCCUGGAAAAGAUGGAAAGAGAAAAACAGAAAAAAUUGGAGAAAGAGAGAAUGGAGCAGCAGCGUUCACAGAUGUCUAAAAAAGAGAAAAAGGAAAGUGAGGAGGCAGAAGAAGGGGAUGGCCCACGGUUACCUCAGAGAAGUAAAUUUGACAGUGAUGAGGAAGAUGAAGAUGCUGAAAACACAGAAGCUGUAAGUGUUGGGAAAAUCAGCAGGAGUCCAUCCCCAGCUCCUCAAGAGGAGCAAAGUGAACCAGAAAUGACAGAAGAAGAAAAGGAGUAUCAAAUGAUGAUGCUGACAAAAAUGCUGCUGACAGAGAUUCUCUUAGAUGUCACAAAUGAAGAAAUCUAUUAUGUGGCCAAAGAUGUUCACCGUAAAGCAACUAAAGCUCCUGCAAAACAGCUGGCACAGUCCAGUGCACUGGCUUCCCUCACUGGACUCGGUGGACUGGGUGGUUAUGGAUCAGGAGACAGUGAAGAUGAGAGGAGUGACAGAGGCUCUGAAUCAUCUGAUACUGAUGAUGAGGAAUUACGACACAGAAUAAGGCAAAAACAGGAAGCGUUUUGGAGAAAAGAGAGAGAACAACAACUACUACUAGAAAAACAGCUAGAAGAAGAAAAGCUACAAAAUGAAAAAGUUUCGAAAGAGAUGAAUGAAUUUAUUAACAAAGAACAGAAUAGUAACUUAGCAUCACAGGAGGCAAAAGAAAUUGAAGCAGAUAUGGUUCAUGAAAAGAAGAGAUCUCCAAAUGCAAUCACACCUGAUGUAGAACUCAAGAAAGAGGGUAAAGAGAGGACAGGAAGGAGUGGGUCAAGAAGCUCUAGCAGUGGUAGCAGCAGCAGCAAUAGCAGGAGCAGCAGCAGCAGCAGCACAGUAUCCAGUUCAUCAUAUAGCACUAGCUCAGGUAGUAGUCGCAGCACUUCACGUUCUUCCUCUCCCAAAAGGAAGAAGAGACACAGCCGCAGUAGGACACCAUCACAUAAAGUUAGGCGCAGUAGAAGCAGGAGUUACUCCCACAGAAAUAGGAGAGAGAGGAGUAGAAGCAGGGAGAAAAUAAGGGAAAGGAGAAGAUCUAGUAGAAAUCACAGUGCUGAAAGGGGGGAGAGGCGGAGAAAUCGGAGUCCUUCGAGAGAGAGAAGCUGGGAUAGACGUAGAAGUGGCAGCCGCUCAAGAGACCGGCGAGCCAACCGUGCGAGCCGCAGCAGGAGCAGAGACAGACGUAAAGCUGAAGACCAGCGUAGAAGCCCUACUGGAAAUAGGCACAAACGUAAAAGUGAGGGUAAAGAUCAAGAAAGGAAAAAGGAGCAGGGUGGAGGUGUAGAUAAAGACAAAAAAAAGAACAGAGAAAGGGAGAGAGAUCAGGAAAAAAGAAAAGAUAAGCCCAAAAAAGAGGAAAAAGAAAGUAAGACUGGCAAUCAUGAUGACAGUAGAUUAAAAAGAAAAAGAGACAGUGAAAGAACUUUCUCUCGCAGUGAUUCAAUAUGUGUGAAAAUAAUAAGACAGGAUUCCAAACAAGAAAGUAAAAAAAUUACUACCAAAGAUAGCAAAAAACGAUCAGGCUCUGAAUCUAGUGCAAGGAGUAGUUCUGAAUCGCCAGGAAGCAGUAAAGAAAAGAAGGCUAAGAAAUCGAAGCAUAUUCGGUCAUGCUCCAUGGAGAAAUCUCAAAGGUCUGGUAAGAAGGCAAGCCGCAAACACAAGUCUAAGUCACGAUCAAGAUCAACAACUCCUCUUCGUCGUAAACGCUGAGGAAUUUAUGGCACCAGUGCUAUGAUGUUUAAAAAUUCCAUGAGUUAUAAAAGGCUUGUCUCAUUAUAGAGGCACAUUGUGGCUAUGUAGGUGAAACCAGAAUCCUUUUUUUUAUUUGUAAAUAGGUGUAUUUUUUCCAAAUGCUGCUCAGAAUAAUAGGAUUUCUUUGUAUUACAUUUUUUCAAGAACGGUAGUGCUUAUUAAGACUAUAAAACAGGCCAUUCUCUUUCAGCUGUAAUGUUCUUAAAAUUACUAUUGAAUGUACUGUGAUGUCAAUAAAGCUCUUUAGUUCAUUUUUUGUUUAAAAUUCUUGCACCUGAAUUUUGUGGUAAAUGGUAGAAAGUACUUAAAAAAAAAGAAAAAGGCAGCUUUUUUGGUAUAACAGAUUUUUAAAGUACUUGAAAAAGAUUUAACGUGAAACACUUGUAAUCCGUGGACAUGAUAAGAUUACUUUAUUGGGGUGUGGAAGAACAGAGAAAAGACAUCUUAUUUUUCUUUAGAUAUGUGUAAUAGAUUUUUUAAUAACCCUUUUUUUGGUCUAGCUGGUACUAUAUGCUGUGUGUGUAAAAUAUGGGUCACUGUAAUACAAGCUAUACUUAAAACAGACUGAACCCCAUUAGGAAUAUGUGCAAUUAACUGAUCUCUUGUGGCAGUGUUAAGCUCUGGAACUAUAUUCCUCACCCAGUUUUCAGAGAGAUCUUUGGAUGUUCAGGGAUAUUACACACAUCUCAGAAUUUUCUAUGUUUUUAUGGAGCAUGUUUAUAAACGUCAUUCAGUACACACUGAAAAACUGACAAUAGGUUAACUUUACGUUUUGGCACAUGCAUUAAAUGCGUACUGAAUGUUAAAGGUAGGUCCUUAGUGUCUCAAGAAUUAUGACUCAUGUAAAGCUGAAACACUGAUGUAUCAGCAAUACCACUAAAUUUUUGAUUUUAAUAUUACCAUAAAGUGAAAGAGGUCACUGACUACCUCCUUAAGGAAAUUGACUAUUGCUGUUAGAAACAAGAGUGUGAAAUAAUAUAAGCUAAAAACCAAACCAACAAUACCCAACUCUAGGCCAAUGACUUACAGAAGAACAUAAAUUCAUUGAGAGAUCUGUGAAAAAGGUAAAAGUCUUAACAUCGAAGUAAGUUCUCUUUGAUUGGCUGUAUCUUCUAAGAAAAAAUGGUACUAGUACAGGCAACUUGGAAAGCAUGUCUUCAUGAACAGAUAAAUCCACUUAGCAAAGUCAAAAUUCAGCUACUGUAUUUUCAUAAAUAAUACGCAGAAAUAAACUGCUUCAGGGCAAAGAAAUACAUUUUAUGUGUUUAAUAAGCAAGCUAAUUGCUAGUGAAUAUGUGCAUGUUUAUCAAAACACUGUUACAGAUAAAUAAUCAGUUGUAAAUCAUAACACCGCCCCCCCCAAUUAUAUCUUUAAUAUAGAGUAAGCAGUCAUAUUUAUUAGCAAAAUAAGGCAUAAUUUACAUCACACAACUUUACUUGCAUUGGUAGGAAUAUAAAUAAUGAUGUGUUGAUCCAAUCUCACUACACUCUUUGCUCUGGGUAAGAGUGAGGAAUAUUUUGAAAAUAGGUUGCAUAACAGUUCAGAUGUCCUAGAAGGAUGUCUUGUGAGAGACAGAAAGAAACUAGAAAUAAGCUUAAGAAAAGCUGUUGAGGAAUACAGUUUCCAGGAUGCAUUGAAUUUGAUUUUCAGUUCAGAUUUUAUAUUCUCUGUCUAAUAAUAAAAAAAAGAUUGUGUAUGAAAAGCUUUAUAUACUUUGCCAACAACUGGAAUUCUGUCACUUCCUGUAAAUAUGAAAAUUAUUUUUUGACACAUAUGCACUUCUAUGGGUAGUGACUGUAUGCCAAUAAAAAGAGCAUACGAUCUCUGUAUUUAACUGUUUCAGAAAUCUUACUAUAACUGCCUACUCAUCACUCAGUUAUUAAAUACACAUCGGUAUUAUUGUCAGCAUCACAUACAUUAAACUUCUUUGGGCUUUAGAAACUCUCCUUUAGGAAUGUCUUUCACCAGAAGAGGCUAGAAUAACAACCACUCUCUUAAUUCCAUACAUCUGAAGUUAUCCUAAAAUGUGCGAAUACCAACAAAAAUGGGAAUGUAUUGUUUUAAAAUGAAUGCUGCAAAAACAUUUCAAUGCACUACAGGAAAGCAAUACACAGGAUUUUGAAUGUCAUGCAGCAACGUGACAUUUGGAGACAUUUCCCUUGAAAACUUUUUUUAAUAAAUGAGGGUGGUGUGAAAUCAAAUGAAUAAUGAUUUCCAUGCGAAUUGUUUUUAAGGUGAAUACAACCAAGCCAAUGUCUGUAUGUGCCCCAAGGUGCUCGCUACACUGUGUAAGAACAAGAAUUAGCUGUGGCCAUGGAUAGGCCAAAAAAGAGUAGUUGAGUAAAUAUUCUGACUUGAAAGAUUGAGCAACUACAUGUGUUUUGAAAUAUGGCACAAUAACAAAAACUGUUCUGUAUUUGAGGCUCUGUCUCAUAGAAUAGCUACUUCUAGUUUCAAACAAGCUUGUUCUGUUAAGUAGAAUACAUGGCCAAGUGUGCACGUGUUUACUUGCUUGUAAGCAAUUCUAAAAUCACAAAUAUAAAGGCAAUGGUAACAUAAGGUUUGGCUCUCCUGCUCAGAUUUUGCAUUUGUUUUGCUAAAUUAAUGACAAGUAAAAAAAUUGAAUAAUAUGUGGAUGCAUGCUUUGAAGGAAGGCUUAGUUUUGUCUCUUAAGGAGACUAACCAUAAAGGAUGUGUUGGAGCUCUGUUUUUUUUCAGUAGCUCUGAGGUGUUAUUAAUGACUCGUAACUCCAGUGCACUGUGAGCUUUGUUGGAUAGAAAGCAGGUGAGUAGAAAAGUGAGGCAAGUACAUACUAAGCAGGUUUGCCAUAUGUUUAAUUGCUGUCCAGACAAGCUUUUUUGAGCCCUUUCAUCAGUCCUUAUUUAGCUAUGAAAAGAAAAUAAUCCAGACUUUAACUGCUACAUGAAUUAUACUGUAUUUACAGGAGACCUGUAAACAGGCAGAUUUCAAGCAGUGAGGCUUGUAGUACCAAGCAAGGUCAGUAGAGAAAGCAGGCUGGCACUAGAGGAAAGUCAAGCCAGGACUGGUUAUACUACUCAAAAUGUCCUGCAGCCUGGAGGAUGCUGCUGCCCUUGGCGUUGUGCAGGCGGAUGCCAGCCUCUGCACAGUCAGGGAACCCGGCCUCUGAUCAUCUGCCUGGCGGGCACGGGAGCGCUGCCAGCUCUGCUUUCAUGGCUUACCUUUGCCUUGCUCUGCGCUGCUGCCUUCCAGACAGCUUUGGUUUUCACUGCGCGUUCUUGUUGGACCUGCAGCUCAAUAAAGCGUCAGAAAACGAAUCUUUACAAAA